AUGUUAAGAUCCUUAUUAUCGAUAUCAAUACCUUCGAGGUGCUACCAGAAAGUAGCAGCCUCUUCAGGCAAAAGAAUUCCUAUAUAUCCACCAGUCGACCAAGCUUCGACCUUAAAAACAGGAACUUUACUAAACAAACUGGCGGACAUCGAAGUUGAUACAAGGCUGGAUCCUCUAGGAUGGAGACGGAAGCUAUUACAGAAGGGACCAAAGGAGUCUGUAAGUUCGGGAGAUAUUGUGAGAGUUGUAUAUGAUUCUAAGAAAUGUUCGAAUGAUAAUUUUGUUGGAUAUGUGAUAUCUGUAGAUAGAAAAAAAUAUGACCAAGAUGCCUCUCUUCUGUUGAGAAAUCAAAUAGCAAAGACAUAUGUUGAAUUGAGAGUUCCAGUGUUCUCACCACUUGUGGAGAGAAUUGAUUUAUUGAGAAAGAAUAACGGAAAGAGAAAGAGAAACAAGCAUUACUACAUUAGAGGAACCAAAUUGGAUGUUCCUGAUUUGGAAGCCGGUAUGAGGAAAAAGAAAUAG